AUGAGAAAAGUUGAAUAUCAUAAAUUGGGUUCCUCGGGGUUAGCUAUUUCCCCUAUUAUCAUCGGUUGCAUGACUUUUGGAAAUUUUCAUAAUUGGGGUAUAACUGAGGAAGACUCGGUUAUGAAAAUUUUAAAAAAAUGCUAUGAUAAUGGAUUAAGAACUUUUGAUACGGCUGAUGUAUAUUCUAAUGGUAAGUCGGAAAUCCUUUUAGGUAAAUUUAUCAAGAAGUACAACAUACCAAGAGAAAGAAUUGUAAUAAUGACGAAGGUUUAUUGCCCUAUGGACUAUAAUGAUCCUGAGUUUAGCAUGUUCAAAUAUGGAACUGAGGAUUAUCCUGAGAUUAAUUAUGUAAACUCUCAAGGUUUAUCAAGGAAACAUAUAUUUAAUGCUGUUGAACAUUCUGUUAAAAAUUUGGGAACUUAUAUUGAUGUCCUACAGAUUCACCGGAUGGAUCGUACUACUCCUAAAGAAGAGAUUAUGAAAGCAUUACACGAUGUAGUUGAAGGUGGUGAUGUAAGAUAUUUAGGAGCUUCUUCAAUGAAAGCAUUUGAAUUUGCCCAAUUGCAAUUCAUUGCUGUGAAAAAUGGCUGGACAAAAUUUAUUAGUAUGCAGAAUUAUUAUAAUCUUGUAUACCGUGAGGAGGAGCGUGAAAUGAUUCCUUUCUGUAAUGAAAAUGAAUUUGGAAAAGUCGGUAUAAUUCCCUACUCACCAAUUGCUAGUGGUCUUCUUGCUCGCCCAUUAGCUUCAGAAGGAACUAAAAGACUGACAACCGACCCAAUAUAUUCUAAAAAGGGAUUGGAUAAGCCAACAGAUGCAGAUAAAAAGAUUGUAAACAGAGUCCAAGAAAUAGCAGAAAAAUACAAUGUAAGUAUGGCUACAGUAGCUACCAGAUGGAUCCUAAGUAAAGGUGCUAACCCGAUAGUAGGGGUUAAUUCUAUUGAAAGAGUAGAUGACUUCACAAAUGCGUUAAGUUUCGAGUUGAGUGAGAGCGAAAUUGCUCUGUUAGAAGAACCAUAUGAGGCAAAAGCUGAAUACUAA